CACUUUACACCUUCUACGCGCUCGAUACACGAACACGUCCUCUUCCCUUGCUGGCCCAAAUCAGCGCGUUCGUCUCUUAUCGCCAUUGCUUUGCCUUGGGCGGAGAAGAAGAGUCUGUCCUCGACUGCGACGACUUCUAUCUCGCGCAGCCCUCUUCCUCAAUCGACCCGGUGACGCGAUACCCUCACCUUUCCAAAGCGCUUCCAUUCUAGAUUCACCCUUAUGGCAUCGACGACGAUUACUACGAACCCUCAACCCCUUUCCACCACGUCGCAUUCCCGUCAGAAUCACCUCAACCACGCUCGCUCGCUCUCCUCUGCCAACGUUGUAUACGAGGACCAGGACUCGCCUAUUACCCGACCCAACCCCUCGAUGUCGUUCAGUAUGAGCCAGGGCUCCCAAGGGAGCGGCUUGAUGAUGCAGCCCGGAGGCCCGUUUCGACAAUCUGAUAGCUAUAGCGGAGUCAAUCGCAGAAACGAUGCUCCUCAAAUAUACUCUGCUAUAUACUCAGGAGUUGACGUCUACGAAAUGGAAGUCAAUAGUAUCGCAGUCAUGCGUCGGCGCAAGGAUAGCUGGUUGAACGCAACUCAGAUCCUGAAGGUUGCUGGCAUUGAGAAGGGAAAGCGCACAAAAGUGCUGGAGAAGGAGAUUUUGAUAGGAGAACAUGAGAAGGUUCAAGGGGGAUAUGGAAAAUAUCAAGGCACCUGGAUCAAAUUUGAGAGAGGCGUCGAGUUCUGCAAGCAGUACGGCGUCGAGGAGUUGUUGCGCCCUCUCUUAACGUACGAUAUGGGUCAAGAUGGAGGUGUCGCAGGAAGAGGUGGAAUCGACACACCCACAAAAGAACAAGCUAUGGCUGCUCAGAGAAAGCGUUUAUAUAAUUCAGGGGUUGACAGCAGGUCAAGCGGCCAAUCCGGAACCUUUUUCAAGAAUAUCUCGAGUACGGCAUCACAUGCGGUUGCGGCGAUCAGCAAAGCACGCUUCGAUUCACCCGGCCCACGAAUGCGGAACGGCAAUACCACUCGCCCUUCAAGCUUCAGCAGGCAAUCUUCUCAACAACAUCUUGGUUCACAAGAGUCGGGAUUCCCUGGAGGCUCUCAGCAAAGCAUGCAGAGCUAUGCCUCAGGUGACAGCUUCACCCUAAAUGGAGCAGACUCCGCAUACGCAACUCAAUAUUCACACACAGGCCGUGAUGACGCACGCAAUGGAGACUUUGAAGAACCCCCAAGGAAGAGGAUGAGGCCUUCCCCAAGCUUGAAUGAUGGCCAACAGGGCAUGAACGAUGGUUACUAUGGAAUGUCGAUGCGGGAGGCGUCUCCUACGGAGCCCAACGAGUCUUUCGUCUAUCAUUCGCAACAUGGCCAAGGUGACGAUGUAAUCAUGCCUCUUGUUCCACUCCCACUCGCCACGGACCGCACGAAGGAUCUCUUGAUGUCACUAUUUACCACGGAAGACGAUUUCACAAAUCACAAAGCCUUCACUACCUUGACGGCUCGGGAACUUGAUGCGCCAAUCGAUAAUAGCAGCAAUACUGCACUCAUCUGGGCUGCCACGCUUGCUAGAGGUCCUCUUCUGAAAGCCUUGAUUGAUCACGGUGCGAGUAUCUUCCGUGUAAAUGCCACUGGGGAGACGGCGUUGAUGCGUACUUGCUUGGUUACAAACAACUACCAACAAAUGUGCUUCCCAGAUAUCCUGGAGCUUCUUGGCCCGACAAUCGAAUUCCGAGAUGCUCGUGGUCGAACUGUGUUGCAUCACAUAGCCGUCACUUCAGCGGUCAAGGGCCGAAGUCAAUCCAGCAAGUACUAUCUUGAGUCUCUACUUGAAUUUGUCGUCCGUCAGGGCAGCGCGCCAAACAGCCAGACGUCCUUCAACCUUGGCUCCUCUUCCCAGAGGUCAAUCGGCAUUGGUCGUUUCAUGUCUGAAGUUGUCAAUAUUCAAGAUAAGUCAGGCGACACCGCUUUGAACAUCGCGGCCAGAAUCAAUAAUCGCAGCAUUGUUUCCCAACUCAUGGAGGUUGGGGCCGACGCCUCGAUCCCGAACAAGUCAAACCUCAGUCCUAUUGAUUUUGGUGUGGGCGAUCCAGCGGAUUUUGAAGCUCGAUCUAGCGAGGAGUCGCGUGUACUAGGCAAGCCAAUGGACACGGAUGUCAAGGAGAGUAGUAGUGAGAUCAUCUCUGCAAUCACGACUUUGGUAACGGAGACGGAACAAGAAUUCAGCAAGGAGAUGGACAAGAAGCAAGCUGUGAUCGAUGAUCUUCAUAUGCAACUGCGGGAUGCUUCCGGAGAGUUGGGUGAACAACGCCGACGCUUGGACGCUCUUCAAGCAGAGAUGAACGAGCGAGAGUCACGGAAGCGGAAGGCAUCCAAUCUCAUGAGAGCAUACGAAGAGGAAGGGUCACGUCUUUCACAACUGCAAGCACAAUACGGCCAAGUCAACGGCGAUUCUAACGCGCAAGUAGGGGAAGCAGACACUGGUCUAGGCAUUUCUCCAAAGGCAAGUCCGGUCCUCUCCAAGGUCACAUCCGAUCACCAGGGCCUAACAAUUGGUGGUACCGACCGUCAAUUCCUGGCUUCUGCUCUCCCGCCACUGGCUGUCCUUCGGGCCAGAGUCAAUGCCUACGCUGAAAACAACAAAGCUCUGGAAGCAAACGUUCGUGGUUUGCAAAGUAAGAGCUCGGAGCUGGCCAACAAGUAUCGGACGAUUAUCGGUCUGUGCACUGGUGUUGAGGAUACCAAGGUCGAUGAGCAACUGGACAAUCUGUUGCGCGCCGUGGAGAGUGAACCGACUGAUGUUGAGCUUGCCCGAGUCCGAGAUUUCUUGCUGCGCAUUGAGAAUUGAGUGAUAAGUCUGACUGCAUUUGUCAAGGUGUUUGGGGCAUUUGAACAUAGGCAUGAUUGCAUUUGAUCGGUGCAUACAUCUCUGUUGCGUGCAUCGAGUGGAGAUGUUGGUGUAAAAAUAGUUGUGUUGGACAUGAAACUGCGAUGCCUGCUUGAUAAUUAUAGAUCAGCAGCACGGAAUCAGAAAGAAGUAAAUACCC